GCCGUUUCUCGUUACGCCUCCCACAGAGUUCAACCCGGUCCAGCAGCCGUUGCUGAAUGAGAAAGUUCUGCGGGACAAGAGGAAGAAACUCCGCGAGACAUUUGAACGCAUCGUCCGUCUGUACGAGAGGGAAAACCCCGAAACGUACAAGGAGCUGCGGAAAGUGGAGCUGGACUACGAGACCAAACGAGGGCAGCUGGCGCUCUACUUCGACUCCGUCAAGAAUGCAGAGUCAGUGGAGGUGGACAGCAUCCCUCUGCCAGACAUGCCUCACGCUCCCUCCAACAUCCACAUCCAGGACAUCCCUCUCCCCGGAGCCCAGCCGCCCUCCAUCCUCAAGAAGAACGCCCCUUUCGG